GAACAUACCCAGUGCAUGCUCUCCCAUCCCUCCCACCCUCCUCGACACAUUCCAUGGAUCCUACCGACAAGCCAGGCUAUUGCAGGGCAGAGAUGAAGGAUGGCUCAAAUUGUCAAUGUGAGGUUUGCCUCCCUCCUCUUGAUUCAAAACCUCCUCUCCAGUGCCAAGAGUGUACACAUGGACCCAGCAAACAUCCGAAAGUAUUGCCGUCUUCAAGCCCACCAUCUCUGUUGCAGGAAGCAACCGUGCCAUCAGGCUCUGGUGUUGGGGUGAAAAAAGUUCGUGAUAUUUUAUGCGAAGUGUGGGAACGCUACCUGGCCAACCUGCUGAACGUCGUUUGUCACUGCGGAGUGCUCGAAAGGAAUCCAUGUAUCGUCGUGCUCCACAGCCUUUGCCAAGGCAGGCAUCCAGCAAGAAGGGUUCAAACAAAGUCAAAGUCAGCCAAUGGAUCUUGUUGAUCAAUCGAAUCAAUACAGCUGGCCGGUUACGAGACGUCAAAGCUCCAAGUCGGAUUGAGAUUGACAUGCUUGCAUCCCAUGGAUGCUCUUAUAUCGACAACGAAGCGGGUGAACUCUCAUUUUCUAGGGAAUGGACCCAUGAUGAAGUUGACACUUACCUUCGUCGGAUCUUUCCAAGCCCAUUUGAGUAUGUAGAUAAUUACACCAAGGGCAAGACGACCAAAUCUGCAUGGGUUUUGAUGGCAAAGGAAAACCGUAAAAUUGCUUUAGUCCCAAAGGACAAGCCCUCCGGCAAGGAUUUAUAUCAUUACAGAGGCCUGGAAAAGAGCAGUACUGGGAACACUCGAGUCAUGUGCCACGGAAUGUGUUUGAAAGUUGGAAUACAACCUCUGGUUGCACCUCCAAUGCUUUAUAUUUAUUAGAUUUUCCAGAGAAUGACAACAAUGAGGUAGUGUCGCAAUUGGACAGAGAUAUCUCCACGACAUGUGCUCAAAGUUCAAGGAACCGGAACCGUGAUACAUUUUUAUUGGUCAGUAUAAUGGGUUAGCAACUGCUAAUGAUAUCCACACUUAGUUGCUUCUAUGCCAUGUCUCAAGCGGAUCUAUAAAGUUGACAGUGACAUUGAUGAGCCCAUCCAAGAAAGAAGUCCCCGUACAUUUCAGGUUUCAAAACGGUCGAAAAGCCGUCGCUCCCCAGGAUGAUACUUCAAGUUCCAUCGAGUUCGUCGAUGACAAGGUGGAUCCAAAAAUGAGGGAACCUUUGUUCUUGAAAGCCAAGUCGGAAUCCCCCCCCAACAGCCCUCAGCUACAAAGUAGUCCUCCGAUAUCACGACCUGCCAAGUAUAUCCGUGUGGAGAAUGGCGAGACCAGAUAUCCGUCUUGGUUAUUGCAGGAUCCGGCUUUUUUAAAGAACCCAUGGCAAGCUGACUUUGACCUACUUGAGCUUAUUUGGCCCUACAUCAGUAACUGAGCCGAGCAACUAAUCCUUCCUGUUGAUUUCUGACGCUCUUUUUUAUCUGCUUACAAUCUUUUCUAAUACUACAUUCCUUAAAGUAUAUCCGGUUUUUUUGUUCUCAUUUACUCUACAAUCCAAUGGCUUUUAAUGUUGAGCUGUUCCCCUCGAGUUAAAACUAGGUUCAAGUAAAGCCUAGAUUGAGUGUUUAUGCUGCUCUAGUACAAUUUACUUAGUAGGAUCUAGCUAGAGUAACUUGACUUGGUGUCAUUUCGUGUGGGUUUUUCGUCUCUUGUUCGCGCAGCUCCCCUAUAUCGCGCGAAUUUUCGUCUGUUUUUUGCGCAAUCCACCAUAUUUCGCACCGAAAA